GCUAGUUCGUGGAAAACAAAAAGAAAGUAUUGUUUUGAAUUGGAGGAAACAGACUGGAACUUCCCAGCUUUAAAAAUAGUUGGUCUUUAUUAUUUGAAUCAAACUGCGCAAUUGUUUUGUGGUCAUUUUGCUGUACCAUCAUUUUAUAAGGAAACACUUCUGAAAACCUUAUUACCAGAAAGUAUGGCAAAUAUUUUACCAGAAGUGAUAAAGGACAUUGGACGAUGCCGUGAGGUGGUUGAUAUUCUGUCACGUGAAGAAGUCCUGGCUAUGGACUGUGAAGGAAUAUCCCUGGGUGCAGAAGGUCCCCUUACGUUGUUACAAAUAGGCACAUACUCGGGACAGGUCUACUUGUUUGAUAUACUUCUCAAUCAAGAUCUCCUGAAGAGAGGCAGACUGAGAGAACUUGUAGAAUCGAAAAAUAUCGUCAAGGUGAUUCAGUCCUGCUCAAAUGACAGUGCUGCUCUACAUUUCCAAUUUAAUGUAACACUUCAGAAUGUGUUCGACACACAGGUAGCAAACCUUGUAAUCCAAGAACAUCAAGGACGUAAGAUGGCUCCUCUUCUUAAAUUGGAUGCUAUUUGUGAAAAAUACAGUAGAAAUAAAGCUGAUUUAAGACAGAAAGAAGACGUGCAGACAGAAUGGAUGAAAGUCACAGGUGAUCUUUGGGCAAAACGACCAAUGACUGAAGAGAUGAUAUUGUACGCAGCAGGUGACGUCACUGCUAUUGUACCAGAAGUGUACGAAAACCAGAAAAAGUAUCUACUGGAGUACAACUUGUGGAGGAAAUUUGAAGAGAGGGUUCAUGAGGAAAUUUAUUACUUCAUUGACCCAACACUAAAAUUGAAAAGGAAGGAAAGAGUAGACGGAAUCGUGAAAGAGAUAAUCGCUAAAAUCAAUGCAACAAGUCCAGCAAACAUAGGCAUUGAUGAUUUCGAAGAAGACCAUGACGAGAUAAGAGCUCUGAAAAGAUUGAAUUUUAGAGAAGCGUCUGCUAUAUCACCACUAAUAAAUCGGUUAAAAACAGAAAUCCUGCAGAAAGAUCUGAAUGAGCUUUCAGAAAAACUAGAUAAGGAAGGUGACACUUUUGUUGCAAAUUGGAAAUCAAAAGCUUGGAUUUUUGAUUCUGAGAAACACCCUGAUGCAUCAAUCAGAGAAGCUGCUAAAAGAGUUCUGAAGAAGAUGAAUGAUAUCGCUUUGAAGGACGUUUGUAGCAAAUACAACAUGAACACAAAGCUGAGUCAUGUUCGUGAUAUGGAAAAAGAAACACUGCGCUCACUACGGCCGAAUGGUACCAGCGACCCGAAUAUUCAUCCAGUGGCCCUCCGUCUUCAUUGGAUGUUGAUGGAAGAUGAUUUGGAUAAAAAAAUCUCAGAGUUCCAAGCCAAACGUCUGGAAUUCAAAAUGACCGAGGGAUUUUAUAGGAAAAUGAAGUUUUACAUCGCCAAGAACACCCGUGUACCUCCAAUCAUCAAAAGAAAAUCGAAGAUGUUCAAGGAUGAACUUGAUUUAACUUUUGGACGUGAUGUUAUUCCUACAUAAGUGACAGAACGGUGGCCUUUCGAGUUUAUAGAAUUUUACAGAAUGUAUA